GAGAGCUAGAGAGAGAGAGAGCUAGAGAGAGAGAGAGAGCUAGAGAGAGAGAGAGAGAGAGAGAGAGAGAGACAGGGGUGAAGGAGAGGCAAGGGAGUGACACAGACAGAAAGCAGGUUGAGAAAACAAAUGUAUAAAAAGAGGGACUGUGAGAAAAGAGUCAAACGAUAAGGAGAGACAGAAAGCAGGAGUGAGGCAGGGAAAAACAGGCCGACAGGGAGAAAAGAACGUUUAGGCUAGAGACCAGAGGCCAGAGAGAAAAAUAAACUAAAAGGGUGAAUCAGGGAAAACUCCAGUCCGGUCAUGGAAGCAGAGCUGGAAGAAGAGGACGGGAGUUUCACUAACAUCUCCCUCGCCGAUGACAGACCUACAGUGGACAGAGGAAGUGCAGUCCUGCAUACCAAACAGGACAACGAGGACUUCACCAUGAACUGCGACAUGGAUGGAGACAUGGAGAACCAGGUAGAGAUGGAGGAGAAGACGAGGCUUAUCAACCAGGUGCUGGAGCUACAACACACACUGGAAGACCUGUCAGCACGUGUGGAUGCGGUCAAAGAGGAGAACCUGAAGUUGAAGUCGGAGAACCAGGUUCUAGGCCAGUACAUCGAGAACCUCAUGUCGGCCUCCAGCGUGUUCCAAACCACCGACAACAAGAGCAAACGGAAGUAACCCACGACGACCAAGAGGAGUGAGACCACCUACAACAGCCUGGUAGCAGAUCUGUUUGUGCCAUCUCCAUGUUUGGGAUGACACAAACCGUAGGCAUGAUAGCACAAACAGACUGGCACUCAGGCUACCUGCAACAUCUCUCCCAAAUGACAGCAGAGGAGGUAGAAGCUGUUUGUAACCACAGUUCUAGGGACGGAUAUGGACGUGUUCCAAAUGGCAGAUUAUUUCCUAAGUAGUGCACUAUGUAGGGAAUAGGAUGUCAUGAGCUCUGGUUAAAAGUAGUGUACUAUGUAGGGAAUAGGAUUCCAUGAGCUCUAGUUAAAAGUAGUGUACAGGAUGCCAUGAGCUCUGGUUAAAAGUAGUAUACUAUGUAGGGAAUAGGAUGCCAUGAGCUCUAGUUAAAAGUAGUGUACAGGAUGCCAUGAGCUCUGGUUAAAAGUAGUAUACUAUGUAGGGAAUAGGAUGCCAUGAGCUCUGCUUAAAAGUAGUGUACCAUGUAGGGAAUAGGAUGCCAUGAGCUCUGCUUAAAAGUAGUGUACCAUGUAGGGAAUAGGAUGCCAUGAGCUCUGCUUAAAAGUAGUGUACCAUGUAGGGAAUAGGAUGCCAUGAGCUCUGCUUAAAAGUAGUGUACCAUGUAGGGAAUAGGAUGCCAUGAGCUCUGCUUAAAAGUAGUGUACUAUGUAAGGUAGUCUGAUCCUAGAUCUGUGGUUAGGGGCAACUUCUAAUUCCAGACCCCCGAAUCCUCCCAACACUCUAACCACACCCCCAACCCCACCCCUAAGAGUCCAGUUUACAUUCUCUUUUUACCCUCCUAACAUAAAACCCCAGACAUGAUUUAACUGUUUUAUAAUUCAUCUUAUAAUACUGUUUUGUGUUGUCAUGUCAACUGCAUCUCUAAUGAGUUAUGACAUCAGACCUUUAUUUUGAUGACUGGUUGGAUCUGGAAGGAAACGGGACUUGUUGUAUAUGAAUAUGGCCAAACUCCUGGCCCCAAAUAUGAAUCAAACAUAUUGAAUGACAUGUCAAUGUAAUUCAAUAAUAUUAUAUUAACACAUUCCAUCAUCUCAUCUGAUUGGUCAAAAGGUUACCAAGUGUCUGUUUUUUUAAUUGUUAAUUUCCACCACUUAUUGAUGGACACAAACAUGAUGAAGUAUGAUUCUGUAAGACGUAUUUUUAAGCAGUACUACUAAUAUACUCCUCCGAUGUGUGUUGUCGUCACUGGUAUGCUACUCAUUCCACUAGGAACGGGGUUCCUAAUUCAUAUCGUCACCGUGCCGUGUGGUCAGUAGGGGAAAAGCACAGUAAACAAGUGUUAUUCUGAACAUGACAAAUACAACCCUUGACUAGGGUCAAGUUACACUACAGGGUGAGACGGCCUCCUUUACUGAACAUGACAAAUACAACCCUUGACUAGGGUCAAGUUACACUACAGGGUGAGACGGCCUCCUUUACUGAACAUGACAAAUACAACCCUUGACUAGGGUCAAGUUACACUACAGGGUGAGACGGCCUCCUUUACCUAUGAUGGUAGAGGAGGAUGGAGGGAGUGAGGGAGGACAGAAGAGAGAGAACUCUGCUUUUUACAGUUAAGAGCCUUGAGUGGUAUUGAUUAGAACACUCAGGCUGUAGAACACUCCGGAAGGUUCCGUCAGUGCAUUAACACAGAUCUGCUGAUAAGGAAGGUUGUUAUUCCUGCUUUGGGUAAUGGCCUGUGGAAGCAUGGCUGUGCUCUCUCCUAGGCUGGUUAUAGUAGAGAGAGCCGUGAUCAGGAUAACAUGGACAGUUAGGCUUUUGGCUAGGUCAAUUUCCAUUCUAUUUGAAUAGAGGAUGAAAUUCCUAAUUAAAAUCAGGAAGAAUCACAACACUCAAUUGUACAGAGAUCAGAGCGAGUGGUUCUAUCAGAGAACCAUUCUAUGGGUUCCAGGUGCUAAAGGAAAAGAUGAGGGAAUAUUGGAGAUGAUUCCACUGCACUUCAAUGCAUCAUGUUAUUUAUUUUUAAUUAUGUUAAAUGGUAUUAUAUUGUAUGCUCUUGACUCUUGUUAGUCCCAAAUGGCACCAUGUUCCCUAUAUAGUGCACUACUUUGGGCCUUUAGGGCCCUGAUCAUAAGUAGUCCACUAUAUAGGGAACAGAGUGCCAUUUGGGACAGUGAACUUAGUUUUUCCUUCAGGCAUGUUGAUAAUGUCUACACACAUCCUAUGGAACUAACUGCCUGGUGUGUAGAAGUUUAGAGAUUCUAUGUUGCCUUUUAACACUUUUGUUUUAAUAAAAAAAUAUACUUCUUAUGCUUU